ACACUCGAUCGAUCUUUCACUCUCUAAUCUCUGUGUCCAUUUCUUGUUUUCAGUUCAUAAUCCAAAUCACUCCUUCACAAAAAGAACAAAAUAUGUCUCUGAAUUUUCUAUCUCCAACACAAACCAAACUGAUCACUUUCUCCGAUACCUCCAAGUCGCAAAACCAUCUUCUCAACCUCCAAGGUGGGUUUUGUUUUAAGAGAAAAGAUGUUAAGGUUGCAAUUGGAAAAGGGAUUCGAUGUUCGGCGCAGCCUGCACCACCGCCGGCGUGGCCGGGGACGGCUCUUGUGGACCCUGGGGUUAAGAAUUGGGACGGCCCAAAACCUAUCUCGAUUGUUGGAUCUACUGGUUCUAUUGGGACUCAGACACUUGAUAUCGUUGCUGAAAACCCCGAUAAAUUUAGAGUUGUGGCACUUGCUGCUGGUUCAAACGUGACGCUUCUUGCUGAACAGGUAAAGACAUUCAAACCUCAAUUAGUUUCUAUUAGAAACGAAUCUUUAGUCAAUGAACUCAAAGAAGCGUUGGCUGAUGCUGAUUACAUGCCGGAAAUUAUUCCCGGGGAGCAAGGCGUCAUUGAGGUCGCCCGCCACCCAGAUUGUGUCACCGUGGUAACAGGCAUAGUUGGAUGUGCUGGUUUAACGCCUACAGUUGCUGCCAUUGAAGCGGGGAAAAACAUAGCUUUAGCUAACAAAGAAACGUUAAUUGCUGGCGGGCCGUUUGUUCUUCCUCUUGCACGUAAACACAACGUAAAGAUUCUUCCCGCGGAUUCUGAACAUUCCGCUAUAUUUCAGUGUAUUCAAGGCUUCCCUGAAGGCGCUCUAAGGCGUAUAAUCUUAACUGCAUCUGGCGGUGCUUUUAGAGACUGGCCAGUUGAAAAACUAAAAGACGUUAAAGUGGCGGAUGCAUUGAAACAUCCCAACUGGAGCAUGGGGAAAAAGAUCACCGUGGAUUCGGCUACACUUUUCAACAAGGGUCUUGAAGUUAUUGAAGCUCAUUAUCUCUAUGGAUCGGAUUAUGAUAAUAUUGAAAUUGUUAUUCACCCUCAAUCGAUCAUACAUUCGAUGGUUGAGACACAGGACUCAUCGGUCCUGGCACAAUUAGGGUGGCCUGAUAUGCGUUUGCCGAUUCUUUACACACUGUCUUGGCCAGAUAGAAUACACUGUUCCGAGCUUACAUGGCCUCGUCUCGAUCUCUGCAAGCUGGGAUCGCUGACGUUUAAAGCUCCCGACAACGUGAAAUACCCCUCGAUGGAUUUAUCUUAUUCCGCUGGGCGAGCUGGCGGCACGAUGACUGGAGUUCUUAGUGCCGCGAACGAGAAAGCCGUUGAGAUGUUCAUCGACGAGAAGAUUAAGUACUUGGAUAUAUUCAAGGUCGUCGAGCUAACAUGUGAGAAGCAUCAAUCGGAAUUGGUGACCGCGCCUUCCCUCGAGGAAAUCAUACAUUACGACUUGUGGGCUCGGGAAUAUGCCGCUAGCGUGAAGCCAUCGUCGACCACCGGUUUGACCCCGGCAAUCGCUUUAUGAGUAAAUAUGUUUGCAAUUGCCAUGAGAUAACAUAUAAACUUUUGCCAUCUUUUCUAGGACUGUUUAUUGUUUUCUGUCAAACAAUCAGUUUGAUAUUAAUUGUAACAAAUUGCCCUC